AUGGUCCUUACAAGAAAGAACUAUAAGGACCUGGGAUUUGCACCAAUAUCACCUCAGGGGGAGUGGGAGCCCCGAAGGAAGCAGAGUAAAAUCACCAAUUAUUUCCCCCAUAAAGAAGGGAAUAAGAAUCUACAGCACGAGAGCACUCCAAAAGAAAUUGCCCCUAUUGUGCUGGAUUGGUCAAUACAACGCAAAGACUUACAAACUGAGCUUGAAAGACCAAAUUAUUCCAUGAGCUGGGCGCAGGAACUGGACCUAGCUGAGAACGCCUUGAUGACCAUUUCCCCCAACCCCAAUGACCUCGAGCAUCAAAAAUCAACUCAGAAUCUCAGGGAAAACCAGCAAGACCCCCAGCCCACAGUGAAUACCAACAGUAUAGAAGAGAGGGGUGACCAGUUAUACGAUCAAAUAGAUCAGAUACGCACAGACCUCUACAAUAUAAAAAACUUCCUAGCAGUAACAAAUGGCCUACUCCUGACGCUUGUGGAGAAUUUCAAACAAGCAAAAAGAGCCACAGAUCAGCUCCUGGACUCAGAUGCUAGAAUCCACAUACCACCCAAAAGAACUCACACAAAAGAAAAGCGGAACUCAAGACGAAGAAAUCUAAAAACAUCAAAACAUCAAACCAAAAGGGAAACUUAG